AUGAAGUACGGUAUCGAUACCACGUCAACAGCAGAGUCCUAUCACAAUUUCAUCAAGCAGCUUGCACACGCAGAGGAGAACAGCAGAUGGCAGAAGCAGCGACGCAUGGACUGGCUUUGUUAUUUCCUUACAAACGUAGCGCUGCCUGAAUUUGUUCAGCGAGAGCACGUGACUCGUGACAGGCUGCCUUACUAUAUUCGAAAUACGUAUCAGUCGAAGAUGCGGGAGUAUGGCGCUUUCAUCAAAUCAGGCAAGUUGCGGUUUGAACUGAGAAACUCCUCCACGGUGUUUUGUGACGCAGAGAGGCGCGAGAUAUUGGCAUCCGUUCAUGUUCAAGUGACGAAUACGACAUCGGGGGUGUGUUCAACGCACGAAGUCAGCAAUCUUCACAUGCUUCAAACGAGUGCGCUGCAGAGACAUCACCAACUUUUAACUUGUAACUGCGUGGAAGGCCGGAACGACGUACUGUGCUUUGCUAAGUUACACGCCAUGGUCGAGGCUAAUUUGCAAUACACGCUUGCUGCCUUUCAAUUAGACGAUAACGUCGUGCACGACGAUGCAUUGCGUGCCCGACGCGAGGAACGUCGUCGCGUUUCCCAUGAUAACGCACGGGGGUUGAAGCAGAAUUCGGAGAACUCUGGCACGGGAACAAUCCGAAAGUCAAACACUUCCAGUCAAGCAGAGAUAUACGAACUUUUGAGAAGGGUUCAGAGUAUCACUGACGAGGAGGAUCCCAUCCGCAGGCAAAAAGCUGUGACGGCGUUAAAAGUUGCGGUGAAAGAAUUGGAGGCUGGAAAUGAAAAGCGACAAGUCGAGCCCGGGGACGAUACCACCAGUGUACCGUUCAGGGAGAAUAUACCAUCUGACUCGGGUAUUGGUAUGCACAUCUUCGCCUCCGCGACUGGAAAGCUGCCGCGCAUGGAGCAUAAACGAUCACACCUCAACGAGGAUUCACUUGUAAGAGGUAAAGGUAUACUUGAACGAAAGCGCAGCCGUUCAUGA